AUGACUAUCCAACUUGCAUAUGCCGUCGUCGCCUUGAUCCUCUACCUCCUCGUCCAAUACUUGUAUGCCACCGAUGUCCCAAAGAUAAAGAAUCUACCCGAGAUCCCCGGCCUGCCCAUCUUUGGAAACCUCGUCCAACUCGGCACCGACCACGCACGUGUGGCUCAGAAAUGGGCAGCUAAAUAUGGCCCCCGCGUCAUCUUUGUCAACUCCUACGAAGCAGUCCGAUACUUUUGGAUCACCCACCAAUCCUCCCUCAUCUCCCGACCAACCUUCCACACCUUCCACGACGUCGUCUCGUCCUCCCAGGGCUUCACCAUAGGCACCUCGCCGUGGGAUCCGUCGUGCAAGAAUCGCCGCAAGGCUGCCGCCACAGCCCUGAACCGUCCCUCGGUCCAGUCGUACAUGCCCGUUCUCGAUCUCGAAUCUACGGUCAGCAUCAGGGAGCUGCUCGAUAACUCGCAAGGCGGAACGAACGACCUCGAUCCUUCGCCGUACUUUGCGCGGUUCGCACUCAACACCUCCCUCACGCUCAACUAUGGAUGCCGCAUCCACGGCGACGUCAACAGCGAGACGCUCCGCGAGAUCACAUACGUCGAACGCGGCAUCUCCAACUUCAGAUCUACCAGCAACAACUGGCAGGACUAUGUACCGCUGCUGCGGCUGGGCGCCGGGAAGAACUCGUCGGCCGAGGAGUUCCGCCUCAGGAGGGACAGGUACCUCACUGAUCUGCUCAAUGGGCUGAAGGAGAGCAUCGCCAACGGGACUGAUAAGCCUUGCAUCACGGGGAACAUUCUCAAGGAUCCCGAUGCGAAGUUGAACGACGCCGAGAUCAAAUCCAUCUGCCUGACAAUGGUAUCUGCCGGCCUGGACACCGUACCCGGAAACCUGGUCAUGGGCCUCGCAUACCUGUCCACCAAGGAAGGUCAGGAGGUUCAAGCCAGGGCCCUACGGGAGAUAAACGACGUGUACCCCGACGGCGACGCCUGGGAGAGAUGCCUGGAGGAGGAAAAGGUCCCGUACGUGACUGCGUUCGUCAAGGAGACUCUACGAUACUGGACCGUCAUCCCCAUCUGCCUCCCUCGAGCCAAUAUCAGGGACAUUCCGUACGGCGACGCCGUCAUUCCCGCCGGGACAACCUUCCUCAUGAACGCCUACGCGGCAGACCACGACGAUGAGCGAUUCAGAGACCCUCACAGGAUGAUACCCGAAAGGUUCCUCAACGACACCGAGACGGGCACGCCUCAUUACAGCUACGGCGCUGGCUCGAGGAUGUGUGCGGGAUCCCAUCUCGCCAACCGAGAGCUCUUCACGGCCUUUGUGCGGCUCAUCACGGCGUUUCAUAUCCUCCCCGCCCGGGACCCAGCGGACGCCCCCAUCAUGGAUCCCAUCGAAUGUAGCGCCAACCCGACCUCUCUGACGACGGACCCGAAGCCAUUCAAGAUUGGACUGCGCGCCCGAGACGAGACGCUCUUGCGAAGGUGGAUUUGGGACUCUGAGGAGCGGACGAGGGAUUUGUAG